AUGUUCUUUUUACCAAAUUCCAAAUGGACCUGGGCGUUCACCUUGAUCGCUCUUGUCCAAGCUUGUGUGGUGCUUGCGUUUGAAUGCUACGUCUUUGCACACUUCCAAAUUCAUCUCCAACAAUCAAACAACUCCGGAAACUCGAGUUCAUCUCGAACCAUCCCCACCUUCUUGACACUCUACAUCUUCGGCUUCCUUUAUCAGCUAGUCCUUGUCUGGGAUGCCCUGCGCAUGAAAAACACCAUUCAAGUCAUUGGUCUUGUUAUGUAUAAUGUUGGUUUGCUCAUCUAUGGCGCGGUCCAGAUGGAGCAGAUCAAAGAAGCCAUCUUCGCCUUGGCCGAAGAUGAGGUUCUUCAUCAAGAUAUCUGGUCCGACACGAAACCGUUCCUCAUCGCAAUUCCCGCCAUUAUCGCCGUCGGCACCAUUGCCCUGGCCAUCUGCGCCUGGAAGCUGUAUGACGAGUUUGCAUGGACCAUCUAUAAGCGAAUUUCAGCGGAUCUGAGAAUGAAGCGACGAUACCUGCAAUACCAGAUCUACAUCGCCCUACUCAAGUUCGACUUUUUCUUUUUCCUCGGCUUCACUGUCCAAUUCGUCGUCAUUGUGACACAACGACAAAUUGAAUUUGCUCUGACCAUUGCAGCCAUGCCCGUCACCAUUAUCAUCCUUUUGGCUGCAGCGUGGUUUGUCCGGAAAGAGAAUCUGUGGGGUACCAUUGCAGUUGUUAUCCUCUAUUUCGGUGGCCUGGCUUAUUUCAUUUUCAAGCUGGUACGAAUGUACUCCUCGGCCCGUGAGGAUGCUUACAGGCCUGCUCGUAAAGAGUUGGCGUCUUUUGCGGUGCUGACAAUUAUUCUCAUUAUUCUCACUAUCACGAAUGCCCUCAUUUGUGCCUUCAAUUAUAACAAAGGCCUCAAGCCUUACAUCUACAAGACAAGGCCUAUCGAGGAGGAUGAGAAGCCCAUGGGAAGCGCCUAUGCACCAUAUGCAACCGAGAUGGAACCGGGUGUGGGUGGAAAGCGGCCUGUUGCAGGACCAUCGAAUGCUGGGAGGAUGGAAAUCGAUUGA